AACUCGACCUGGCACCCAAUUUUGAGAAAGUGGGUUCAUAAGAUCUGUGUUGUCUGGCUCCAUUUUCCCUUCCAUUUGCUUGUUGGUUUUGUAUUUUCAGGAAGCUGGUGUAAGAGAAGAGGGAGAAGGAUUAGGUUCUUUCUCUCUCUUUCUCUUUGUUUUUCUGAAAGGAAAAAAAAAAAACAAAAAUUGGUGGGAUUUGAGGGUAUUUAGGUUGUGGAUUGAGUUGGGUACAUUGUUGGGGUUGGAAGAAUCUAUCACCAUGAAUAUGAUGCGAAGGUUGAAAAGCAUUGCUUCUGGGAGGACUUCCGUUUCAUCAGAUCCUGGAGGGGAUUGUACCACAAAAAGAGUAAAGUUUGAUCAAGAAACCGAAGGAAAGGUCAAUGAGGAAACAUAUCCUAAUGAGAGAUGCGGAAAAGAUCAGGAGCAGUAUGUAGAUGCAUUAAAAGAAAGUGUUAAUUCUAAUGUUCCUUCAGUGGCUAGAACUGAGAAGUCAGGCUUUGAUCAGCUUCCAAAAGAAUUAAAUGAAAUGAAGAUUGGAGACGACAAAGGCAAAAACAACAAUAAGAAGGAUAUGGAAGCAACUAUUGUGAAUGGUAAUGGAACAGAAACAGGCCAAAUAACUACAACUGUUAUUGGUGGUCGAGACGGACAACCAAAGCGGACAAUCUCAUACAUGGCAGAACGUGUGGUUGGCACUGGUUCUUUUGGUGUUGUUUAUCAGGCUAAGUGCCUUGAAACUGGAGAAGCAGUCGCCAUAAAAAAAGUGUUGCAAGACAAGAGAUAUAAGAAUAGGGAACUGCAGGUUAUGCGUAUGCUUGACCAUACUAAUGUUCUCAGACUAAAGCACUGUUUCUAUUCAACAGCUGAGAAAGAUGAUUUGUACCUUAACCUAGUUUUGGAGUAUGUACCUGAAACUGUCUACAGAGUUUCAAAGCACUAUAUCAGAAUGCACCAGCAUAUGCCUAUCAUUAAUGUGCAACUGUAUACAUACCAGAUAUGCCGUGGUUUAAAUUAUUUGCAUCAUGUGAUCAGAGUCUGUCAUCGGGACAUUAAACCCCAGAAUCUAUUGGUUAAUCCCCAGACUCAUCAGUUAAAAGUAUGUGAUUUUGGGAGUGCAAAGAUGUUGGUGCCUGGCGAACCCAACAUAUCGUACAUAUGCUCGCGGUAUUAUAGAGCUCCAGAACUUAUAUUUGGUGCAACAGAAUACACAACUGCUAUUGAUAUUUGGUCUGCUGGUUGUGUGUUGGCUGAGCUUCUUGUAGGACAUCCAAUGUUUCCCGGAGAGAGUGGGGUUGAUCAAUUGGUAGAGAUCAUUAAGAUCUUGGGAACACCGACCAGAGAAGAAAUAAAGUGCAUGAAUCCAAAUUACACCGAAUUUAAGUUUCCUCAGAUAAAAGCACACCCAUGGCAUAAGGUUUUUCACAAGAAGAUGCCUUCAGAAGCAGUGGAUCUAGUGUCAAGGAUGCUUCAGUAUUCACCAAAUCUACGAUGCACUGCUUUGGAAGCAUGUGCACACCCUUUCUUUGAUGAUCUGCGAGAACCAAAUGCAUGCUUGCCAAAUGGGCAAUCAUUGCCUCCAUUGUUCGAUUUCACUGCUCAAGAACUGGCAGGUGCACCUGAUGAGUUGCGGCGACGUCUCAUUCCUGAGCAUGCAAGAAGUUGAAUUCAUUAUUGAGCAUUGUAAAUGGGUUUUUGGAUUAAUAGAGAUAACUACACCAGCAAUGCUACCUUUGCUAAUAGUCUAGUUCUCUGCUGUCCACCUGCACAAUCAUGACUAUACAGCUCAUAGGAACCUUAAAACCAUGAAACCUUUUUAUCAUUGACUCGCAAGCUACAAUCCCAUUGAUGAAGUAGUGCCUGGUGAUAGGGUUGCAACCAUUUUUUCAAGUAGUUUAUGAUUGAUGUAUGCCUCAUUUGUAAAAGAUAACGAGUUCUUACAGUUCUUUGAUCAUGUUUCAUAUAGUUGAAGCUGCUUGCUUCUUAAAGUUGGCUAUGUGGAAUCAUCAGAUGAGUAGGCAUCUUUUUUCGACCCCUUUUUAUUUUGUUUUUGUUACUUUGUAACAAAGAAAGCCUCUUUUCUUUAUUCUGCUGUGUAUGGGUAAAUAAGUUGUUUAUAAUA